UAUAUAAUAUUAUCUCUACUACAUCUUCCUCAGCAGUACGACUGCAACUUGCAAGAGCAUCUCACUGUUGCCAGCGUCACUGCUCAAAAGGAUGACCCCUUUGGUGGUUUCGAUUCGAGACGCUUUGUUUACCUCUCGCCUUCUCCUCUUCUCCACUUGACUCGGAUGCCUUGGACCACGCCCACUUUCUUCACGUGGAAAACCUUUGACGUGGCACGACCUCCGGAAGUGACGUCGCCCCGCAAGCUCAUCCCCGCCUGCCGACUUUUUGCUCGCACAUCUGCUUCCUUCAGGCGCGCGCAUUGGCUUUUCGCCGGUCCCGGUUCCGAACAAUGUGGCUGCUGCUGCUGCUGUUCAGUCUGCUUUCUUGUGCGUCCUCCUACGACGUGGACGUCAACAAGAUGGCCGGAUUGGCCCGAGCAAGGGUGGAGGUAUCGUACAAUACUCGACACUGGCUGCGUGCGUGCAAGGGGGGUACUCUGUUUACAACGUUUCGAGACAUGUGGUGGAUGACAGUUGAAUAGACUUAGAGAGGUCAAAGCCUUUGUGGUCCAGGACAUUCCUCUUUACCAUAACCUGGUGAUGAAGCACAUUCCUGGGGCCGACCCUGAGCUUGUCCUCCUGAACCAUUACUAUGAGGAGCUGGAUCGGAUCGCCUUGUCUGACAUGACUCGCUCGGAAAUCAACGAGCUUCUGGGCAAACUGGGCUUCUACAAGAAGGCUCAAGCUGAGGAGCAAGUGCCAGAAGAGUUCCGUUUCUCCCCCGCCAAAGACAGCCCGUUUGAAAGUGAACCAGCCUACAAGACUGCCUCUGUGGUCACUCACAACACCUCCACCCCCGAGCCCGAACCAAAGCACUCUGACCUCUAACAAUGCCACAAUGUGAGACUGCUGCUAGACAAGGCCAGCAGAUCCUGGAAUAAAGGGACAAACUCUUUUCUUCACUAAAUGUUUUUUUUUUUUUUUUUGAGUUGGUUAAUGGCAUAUUGUUUAUCAUUCUCCGUCACGUGUCGGCAGUCUUGAGGUCGACUCGCUCGUGUCCAAUUGUGUCCGCGUCCGACCCGCUGAGCUACCGAAUGAAGCCGCAGGCUAAAAAUCUGCCGAUUGGCCUGAGGCUGAUGCUACAUGUACUGGUGGGCGGGCUGCUGAACACAUUAAGAUGCAAGUGUCACCACUGUAAAAGAAUAAAAUGUUUCAAACAAA